AUGUCUGCCUCCCGCCAGGCCUCCAUCAAGUCCUUCUUUCAGCCGCGUGGCCUGCCCACGCACAACACAACAUUCUCAUCCAAAACCCCUCCCACAGACCGCGCGACUCAAACCACCACACCGCCGCCUGUCCCUCCUCCCGCGCCUGCCCCUCCCUCUCACCAACCUGCCGCACCCGAGCCCAUAACCAUCUCGGUGCGCUUACCCCCAGGAGGCGUCCCCAAUCUUCCAUCGCCGCCAUCCCUCCCCUCUGGCGCAAGCAUCGUACCCCUCGCGCAAGAACACAUCCCCGCGUUGCGACGCAUCAACUCCCUGCUCCUGCCCGUCGCCUACCCCGACUCCUUCUACCACAAGGCCCUGGACCCGCUUGCAUCAGGCCUCUUCUCGCGCGCAAUUCUCUGGCAAGACACCAAUGCCGACCCGCCUAAGGUGGUCGGCGGUCUGAUCUGCCGGCUGGAGCCGAACCCCUUUCUGAGUGUGACUGGCGAGCCGACACCCGUGCAGUUGCCUGCUGACCAGCCGCAGCGUGCGCCACAGGCGCCGAAGGAUACCCCGUUUCAUGCGAUUUAUAUCCAGAGUUUGGCUUUGUUGUCGCCGUACCGGUCGCUUGGGCUUGCAGCGGCCGCAUUGGAUCAUAUCAUUGCCACUGCGGCGGUGCUGCCCGCGGCUGGGUCGAAUAUUGAUGCAAGGACGAUUUAUGCCCAUGUGUGGACAGAAAAUGAGGAGGGAUUGAAGUGGUAUGAGUCGAGGGGUUUUGUGAAAGAGGGGGGCGAGCCAGUAAAGGGGUACUAUUUCAAACUGAGGCCGGACACAGCAUGGAUUGUGAGACGGCACAUUGGCGAGAGCGCGAAGCUGAAUGAUGUUGUGUCGCAACCUCAGCCUCAGCCACAACAACAACUUCAACAACAACCGGCAGUAGAUAUCGCCCCAACCGCAACAUCAGUGCUCGCCGCAGCGGUCAACCUCCCCCCGAUCACCUCGACCCCACCACCACCAUCAACGGGCUCCAAACUUCCCACAAGCAACACCUCUACACUCGCCAGCCGACCCCCUCCACCGCUGCGCUCAACUUCCUCCUCAACCUCCUCAGCAACAUCUCUCUCCUACCAAAACACUCGCCCGCCAACCGAAUGGAACGAUAUCCCUCCUGACAUGGUCGCUGGCCCUCCCAUUGCCGCAAGAGGAAGACGAGUUACUGCUGCUGCUGCGUCAGAUCCAGCGGCAAAUGGGUGUUCGGGCACAGGGUCUGGGGCGAGCUCAAGGAGUGCUAGUGCCGCUGCGGGGACGGGGAAGAAGAGGAAGGGCCGGGACUAUCCUACUGCGGCGUUUGGGAAUUAA